AUGCGGCGAGGUGGCACAGUUGUUUUUCAGAGGCACAGGGUGAGCGGGGGCAUUUCGCGAGCCAAUGAGAUGUCAGCCUUUGCUAGAUUGAGAGGCGGGCAGCAGAAAACGGAGACGGAUUGGGUGCCGACGCUUCUCCUCUCGGGUGAAACACCUCCACCCAUCGCACGCCCAGCUGAGACAGCGGCAUUCUUUCUUGCCUCGUUCGACCCCUUCGUCUUCAGCUACUGCAUGUUCGAUUUCCCGACCAUUCUGCACCAUGCCGGGGAACUGAGCGAGCAUGAGCUGCUGGAUUACCCUGGAUCAAUGCUGAUGUCGCCCAGGAGUUUGUUUCUGCAGCCUACAGCACACUUGCGAUUCGGCUCUGAGAGACAGCAGCGGAUGGCUGUCGUGCUGCAGAGCCUCCUUGAUCGGCACGAUGAGUCGGAGCGCUCCCCGGUGCCGUGCGCUCGUGCGCUUGGCGUGCAGUGUCCGUUGUUUGUGCCCUUUCUACGGGGUGUGUGCCUCUGCGUGGAGACACAGCACCCGUUUGCCCCACAAGCGGCCUACGUCUUUGAGGAACUGCUCGCCAGCGGCUUCGUCUCCUCGACGCUCUACCUCGACGGCACCUACGUUGAUCGGAACAGAACUCUAGCACAGAUUGUGCAGCUCGCCGCCAGGGAGUUUGGAAGUGAGAGCGCCCUCUUCACUGGAUUGCUUCUGGACGAAGAACACGCUUCGCCACCAGAGACUAUAGCUGUUGGUCGUCUUGUGGCCCAGACACUUGCGGCAGCGGAUCGGCGGCGUCUCGACUGGGCGCUCAAGACUCGCGGAGCAGUGCGGCAGAGGCUGGUGCCGCAGCAUGGAUGGACGCUUGGCCCCUCCCCUUCUCUCCUUUCCACGGCGCAACAAUAG